AUGUGGUGCAUCGCCAAAGAGCUGCAGACGGUCCCGGGACCGAUCCCUCCCGGUAUCGAGGAGUUGUUCCUGCAGCACAACAACAUCUCAAGCAUCGCGCCGACGCAUCCCUGGAGCUCCGGGCGCAACCAUGCUCCAUCUGGGAACCUGCUCCGCAUCUUGGACCUCAGUCACAACCAGCUGUCUGUCGUACCAACCGAAGGCCUGGCUGCCCUGCGUCAACUGAAGAAGCUCUACCUAAAUGGUAAUCAGAUUGUCACUUUGCUGCCCGGGUUCCUGCGUAACCUCACAAACCUUCAGGAGUUGCAGCUCAGUGUCAAUCAUCUUCAGUUUUUGAGCCCUGGGACCUUCUCUGGCUUGUCUAAACUCCAGAGGCUCAUGUUGAGUUUGAAUAACAUCACAAGCCUUGUCCCUGGCACCUUCAUUGAGCUGGCCCAUUUGGAACUGCUCCAGUUAAAUGGCAAUCAGAUUAUGAGCAUCCAUCCUGGAGCAUUCUCGGGCCUAGUGAGCCUUAAGCAGCUCUACCUCCGGAGUAACAACAUUCAGGCCUUAGCCAAAGGCUCGUUGGAUGGUCUUGACCAACUGCAGAUCCUGAGUCUCAGCCACAACAACUUGCUUUUGAUCCCUGAGGAGGCCAUGGUGAACCUGAAGGCACUGAAAGACCUUUACUUGAAUAAUAACGACAUCGCCUUCCUCCCGGAAGGGUUCCUGCCCCAAUUCGAGAAGCUGGUCAUCCUGGACAUCAGCAACAACAGGCUGGCUAAGGUGCCGGGGGGUGGCCUCACGGGCUUGGGCAGGCUAAAGCUGCUGGACCUGAGCUUCAAUAACUUCAGCAGCCUCCCUCCUGAGAUAUUCCGUGAGCUGAAGAACUUGACCAUCCUGAACCUCUUCAACAACCACAUCGACUCGCUGCCGGCGCCCAUCUUUGAGGGCUUGGUCAGUUUGAAGGAGCUGCACCUGGACAACAACCGCAUCUCGGCCCUUCCACCCGAAUUGUUUUGGAGGCAAACGGAGCUGAGGGAGCUCCAGAUGGACAACAACCAAAUCUCGGACUUGCCCCAAGAGCUCUUCAGCAACCUGACCAACCUGCGGACACUCUACCUCGACAAUAAUUGGUUGACCGCCAUCCCGUCAGGUAUCUUCCGAGGCCUGGGGCACCUGAGGGAGCUGCAGAUAGAGCACAACAGUAUUGAUGCCCUCCCCGAGGACAUCUUCGACGGCUUGCCAGAGCUGAGGGUCCUCCAACUCAACCAAAACCUCCUCCGGUCUCUCCCCAGCAAUGUCUUUGCUGGCCUAGUCAACCUGAAGGAACUCCAGCUCAGCAGCAACCAACUGUCCGUUAUGCAUGAGGCCCUCUUCAGGAACCUUAGAAAGCUGAAAGAGUUGCACCUGGACAACAACAGGUUGACCACCCUCCACCCGCUCGUCUUCCAGGACCUGCAGAGAUUGGAGGAACUGCAGCUACAGUUCAACCACUUCCUCUUCCUGCCAUCGCAGGUCUUCACCCAACUCCGCAAGCUGAAGAAGCUUCAACUUCACAACAACCGCCUCACCACCUUGGCGCCCGGGACCUUCCAGAAGCAGGAGGGCCUUCGGGAACUGCACCUGGACAGGAACGCCAUCUCCUCUCUCCCCGAGGGCCUCUUCCAGAGCCUCUCCCGCCUCAACCUGCUGCACCUCAACUUCAAUAGGCUCCGACACCUCAGCAAUGGCCUGCUGGAGCCUCUGGUCAGACUGGAGCAAAUCCAGCUGCAUGGCAACCCCUGGGCCUGUGACUGCCCGGCCAUCUUGUACCUCAGCCGUUGGCUGGAGGAGCAUCCCAAGGCUGUCCAUGAACCUGUCCAGUGUUCCUCAGACAGAUCGCUGGUGAUUGCCGUGAAAAGAACAUUCUCCUCAGUGCCUUCACAAUGUUCUUCGGCUUCCGUCCCUGUCUUCUUCCGUCCAAAAGUUUUCUCCUGCAUCUGUUCCUGGCUUUUCCUCAACGCGAUAAUACCAUGA